ACCCGUGGCCAUUUGGGGUUGCCCAGUUUUUGUGGAAACAGCAUUGCCCACGCGGCUCGCCCCCAGCUUUCCUGAGUCCCAGUGAGACGCACGGUGACGCCGUUCCUGAGCGCACCAAUCCCGGGCGGGCCGGAAGGGCGGGCUCUUCAGAUUUGAAUUCCCAGGCAGUUAAGGUGUUAGAGGACCCCACGGAGAACGCGAGCGUCACCUGAGGUGCGGCCGCUGCGGGCUGGGGUCGACUUGAGCCAGAGGCGCGAGCCUGGGGGCGCCCAGGUCCCCCAGCCCCCAGCACAGAGCCGAACCCAGACUGCCGCCGUCCCGCCCUGCCAGGCCCCUCGCCCAAGGUACGGCCUCGCCUCCCCUCCCCUCUCCCCUGGCCUCCUGCCCGCGGCCCCUCUGGCGCCGCGAGUCCCCGCACGUCAGCGUUCUGGCCUCUCGCGGACUCUGGUACGUGUCUGGCUUCGGCUGUGGCAUCACCGCGACUCGUUCACUCGGUUCCUCUGGCCCCCUGCUGAAGGUCUAUCCUGAAAAUUGUGUUUAAGUGAAUUUUCUGUUUGUGGAAAUUUGUUGCUACUGUUUAUCAAGAUGAUUGCAACACCUUUGAAAUAUCCAGAAAUUCACUUGUCUUCAGAGACAUCUUCUCAAAGGAGAAAUAUGCCCAUGCAUGCAAUCUUUUUUGACAACAUUCCUUCAGGCACACUUACUCCUGUAAAAGAUUUGGUGAAAUAUCAGAAGGCCUCUUUAAAACUGAACGACCAUAAAAAGAGCCAGUUCCUAGAAAUGACAGUUUUUAAUAAUAAAAAUAUAUUUCAAUCUACCAUGCUAGCAGAGGCUACCACCUCUAACAGUUCUCUUGAUAUCAGUGCUAUAAAGCCCAACAAGGAUGGAUUAAAAAAUAAAGCAAGCUAUGAAUCACCAGGAAAAAUAUUUCAAAGAAUGAAAGAAAAAGUACUACGUAACCAGCAAGAACAAGCAUCAAGAAACAGUUUGUUGGAACCACCGAGAAAAGAAAGUAAUAAAAUUUUCACUGCUAACGGAGUUGAGGAAAGAGUAUUACAGCAUACCUACCUCUGUGAAGAAAAGGAGGACAACAAAUCAUUUCAGCCUGAAAACAGUUCACUAAGAGCUUCAGUCCAAGAAGUUCCUCUAGAAUCAUCAAAUAAUAUUUUCCUGCCAGACAAGCAAAAGAUUCAACAUCAGCAGGAAAAGAAGGCACCGCUGCACAAUUUAACUUAUGAGCUUCCAGUUAUGAACCAAGAACAUGAAAAUGUUUCAGCUGCAGGAGUCUCAAACAAGGCAUUAACUAGAGCUCAGUUGGCUAGACAAAUUCACCACUCAAAGGAGAAUACAGUUGCAACCACUAAGUCCAAAAAGGACACAUUUAUUAUAGAAGGCAUUGAUUCUAGCUGUGAAAAAUCCCAAAAUACCACUGUUGAGACACUCUUUGUUCCUAUUAAAAAUGGCAGUCAAUUAAUGGUUUCUGAUGAUAGUAAGAUUACAGCAGAAGGCACUUCGAAACAGGAAAUUGAGGAAAAAAAUGAGAAAACGAUGCCCAGAGAGACUGAUCUUCCAGGUUCCUUGAAUGAUACAUGUAAAAUUGUGCUGGCAACUCCAACAUUUCAUAUAGCAAUACCUCGGAGAUCAGAAAGAAAUGCCUGGAAGGUUUCUCCAAGUAUAUGCCAAACUGUUUCAAAUGAAGUUAAAAAAAAUAAGGUAAUCCAGCUACAGGAAUGGAUAAUUAAAGUCAUCAGUGAUAACACUGCUAUAUGCGUAGAAGGAAAAUUGGUAGACAUCACUAAUGUAUAUUGGCACAGUAAUGCUAUUAUAGAACGGAUUAAGCACAACAAACUUAGGACUUUAUCAGGCAACAUUUACAUAUUAAAAGGAAUGGUAGACCGGAUUGCCAUGAAAGAAGCAGGUUACCCAAAUUAUCUCAUAAGGAAAUUUAUGUUUGGAUUUCCAGAAAAAUGGAAAGAGUACGUUGAUAAUUUUUUAGAACAGUUAAGGGCUUGUGAAAAGAAAGAAAGAAAGGCCAGACAAAAACACAAAGCUGAAAAAUUUGUUCCUGGCCUUCGAAAAUCAAUGAAAAGUGAUGCAGGGGGAGAAGAAACAGACGUCCUCCGAAGAGCCACCGCCACGUACGACCUUGCUUGUGAUCGUUUGGAGAGAAUUGAAGAAUCCAGAGUAUCCACUGAUAUUCUGACAUCAAGGGAACAGUUUUUCUCAGAUGAAGAAAGAAAAUAUAUGGCUGUUAAUCAGAAGAAACCUUAUAUUUUAGUAACACCACUCAAAUCUAAAAAAAUUAUAGAGCAAAAAUGCAUGAAUUAUAAUCUGUCCUCUGGCACCAUUAAAGCAGUAACAGAUUUUGCAGUGCAAAAGCAUCAAAAAGAAAGCAAAUCACACUUAAAUGAAACUACAAGUCCAAUCAGUAAGCCCACAAAGACUUUAGAAAAUACAUUUGAGUAUAGCGUGGGUCAUAAAAGUAAAAACAAGGAAGAUUGUAGUGCAUGUGAUUUACUCACUGUCAACCAGAAAAUAAAAAUACCAAGUCCUAAAAAGGAACAAACUGUCACCUCUGACUUAAAGAAAAAUACAAGGUUAUCAAAAUUGAAGAAAAUUGAAAAUCAAGUCUCUGUGUCAUUUUACAAGCAUCAGUCCUCAUCAGAUUUGUCUAAUGAAGAGAGUGAGAAAGGAAAGGAAUUUAGAAGGAAAGCUGCUGUUGUUAAGAAGACCAGAGCAAGAGAUACCAAAGAAAUAGUGGUUCACCUGAGAAAAAGCACAAGAAAAACAAAGACAAUCCCAGUGAUGUCUGAAUCUGAAACUGAAGAAAGUGAAAAUGAAUUUCAUAUGAAACAAAAGAAAGCUAGAUGUUCUGCUAAAGAAAAUCUUCAGAAAUCUGAUAUUAGCAAUGAGCUUCCAGUUAUUGAGACAGUGGGAUCUGGUAAGACAAACAGGCAUUCCUUAGAAUGUUUACCUGAUUUAAUUCAAGAUGAGGAAUGGAAUAAGAAAGAAUUACAGAAACUUCAUUGUGCUUUUGCAUCUGUUCCAAAGCACAAACCUGGUUUCUGGUCAGAGGUAGCUAUGGCUGUAGGUUCUCGAUCUGCUGAUGAAUGCCAGAGCAAAUACAUGGAAAAUCCCCGAGGAAAAAGAUCCCAGAAACAUGUCACCAAGAAAAAGCCAGUCAACCCCAAAGGCCAAAAUGGCAAGAUCGGUGAUGCUGAUAAGAAGCAAACUAUUAAGAUAACUGCCAAGGUGGGAACUCUUAAAAGAAAGCAGCAGAUGAGGGAGUUUCUGGAACAGUUGCCAAAAGAUGACCAUGAUGAUUUUUUCAGUACAACACCUUUGCAGCAUCAAAGGGUGCUGCUGUGUUGGAGGGCUUCAUUGCUGCACUCGGGCUUUCUCAAGUUGUGGCGAGUGGGGGCCACCCUUCAUUUAGGUGCACAGGCUUCUUACUGCAGUGGCUUCUCUUGUUGCGUAGCACAGGCCCUAGAGCACUUGGGCUUCAACAGUUGUGGCAUGCGGGCUUAGUAGUUGUGGUGCAUGGGCUUAGUUGCUCCUCGGCAUGUGGGAUCUUCCCGGACCAGGGAUCAAACCCAUGUCCCCUGCACUGGAAGGCAGAUUCUUAACCAGCGCACCACCAGGGAAGUCCCUGGUAAGAGUCUAAAUGUAUGAAAUCAUUGUUUUCUUUAUACUGACUUUUGUAUCUUUCAUUUUUAUUUAUGCUUAGUGUUCAUCUCUAAUAUUUAGGCAAGGAUUGAUCACCUCCACAGGUAUGCCAAAGUAUAGUAUAAGAAGCAGUCUGCCAUUGCAUGCUAUUCUCAUCAGUGGCCAGAGCCUACCCUUCAGUGGGGUUCAGAAAUAAUGAUUGUAGACCCAAAUAGAAAACCAAGAAAUAGGCCAAACAUAUAUUAAAAAUUCAUAUGCAGUGAGACAAACUUAAAACUAGGGGGAAGAGGGGGUGAUAAGAAAAGAUUAUUACCCACUGCAUAGUAAAUUGGGAGGAGGGAUUAAGUGGCAGCAUAAGAUUGACAGAUUUGAAAGUAUACAAGAAUUUUUGUAGUGUGAAAAAAAUCACAUAACUAAAAUCUUCAGUGACUGGGAUAAAAUACUUGCAACAAAUAAAGACAAUAAGAUUUAUAAUAUGAAGAACUCAUUCAAAUGUUACUAGGAUGAUAAAAAGUAUCAAGCUCACAGGAAAAAGUGGGCAAGAAAAAAUUCAAAAGGCUGAAGGAAGACUUAGGUCAUUUUAGCUAGCUACCAAAGGAAAACAAAGUAAAUGAUAUGUAUACCUUCUAAAUUACAGAAUCUUUUUAAAAAAUAAAAUAUUCACUUACAAAAAGCAGUAGAGAUGUUGAUAUAGUCAUACGUCAGUGUAUACAUAAUUGAAUCUUACCUUUUGGAAAGCAUUUUGGCAGUGUAUGAGCACCAUAAAGAUUAUGCCUACUCAUGGGAGUUUAUCCUAAGAAAUUCAAAAGAAGCCAAAAAUCUUCACAGAGAUACUACUUGCAUGUUUAUCUGCACAGCAAAAACCUGGAAACAAUCCAUAUAACCAGUAAGGAUGAACUUCAUAAACACAGUUAAAUACAGUGCAAAUUUUAAGUGCAAAUUUGAGACUUUCUAGACUACAUAGAAAUGUUGAGUAUUAAGAUUAAAGUAAUGCAAAAAAAUGGAUGGAUAUAGAUAACUGGAUUAUUAAGUGUAAAAAUUGAGAGUUGUUUUAGUGAGCUAGACUUAAGGGUAAUUUUUUCAUCUACCCAUUUCACAAUGUUGUUAAAUCAUCUCCAAUUUUAAAAGGCUACACAGUGCUUUAAGAAUUUAGUAACAUCAUUAUCUGGGCCCUCUUUUUGCCUACACAGGUUAUAAAGGGAGGUAUUUUAAGAGAAACAGCUGAGACUCUUACUGUGUAGCCUUUUUGGAACACAGACAUGUUAGCUAUGGCUGCUUUCCUGCUUCAGUAGCAGAGUUGAGUAGUUGGAACAGAGACUGUAUGGAUCACAAAAGCUAAAAUAUUUUCUAUCCAACUCUACGGAAAACAUUUGCUGACCCCAGUCUACACAGCACUAGAAAUGUGUGUCACUGUCUCUGUUUUACACAACAGAAACUAAACUUUUUAGAGGCCAAGGCUCUGUUCUCUACCUACUAAUAUUUUUAGUUAUCUCAGUUGUGAAAUUAAAAGAAGGAAAACAACUUAUCAUCCCCCCAAAAACAACUUGUGAUAAUGAGGAAUUCCAUUUUUAGGGGUGCUUGUUGGUAAUAUA